AUGCGUGCCGCCACCUUCACUCUCUACGCCCUUUGCGCAGCUGGAUCUGCCAUGGCCCAUAUGGAAAUGCAGUGGCCAUAUGCCCUCCGAAGCAAGUUCAACAAGGAGAACACCAACCCUGACUGGUCUAUGACCAGCCCUCUCAACCCUUCCGGCGCCGACUUCCCCUGCAAAGGCUACCACAAGGACCCAUUCAAGUCCGUUGCUACCUACGAGGCCGGUCAAGAGUACAACUUUACUCUGGCUGGAAACACCCGCCACGAAGGAGGAUCCUGCCAGGUCUCCCUCAGCUACGACAACGGCAAGACCUUCAAGGUCAUCAACUCCUAUCUCGGUGGCUGCCCCAUGAAGGACACCUACAACUUCAACAUCCCCUCCACUGCACCAGCCGGCAAGGCCCUGCUUGCUUGGUCUUGGUUCAACCUCGUUGGCAACCGUGAGAUGUACAUGAACUGUGCCCAAGUUACCGUCGAUGGCAACAGCGGCUCCAGCAGCCAGUUCAACUCUCUUCCUGACAUGUUUGUUGCGAAUGUCGGCAAUGGCUGCACCACUGUCGAAGGACAGCCUAUCGUCUUCGAGGACCCGGGAAAGAAAGUGCAGUAUGCGGACGGCGUGACUGCUCAAUCCCAGGUGUCUCCGAAAUGCCCCAAGAAGAGCGCAAAGAGGUCCGAGAACUGCGGCGGCACUCGCUCUGCGAAAUUCAGAGUUUGA